AACGGCUCCCUCCGUUCAGAUCUUGCAUUCAGACGAAACGCGUGCUCCGCGAAAGUGACCCAGUCCUGUUUGAUACCAUCUCUCAACGGAUCGCACUGAAAAUGGAACUCAAACAGGCAGACCUUCCCAAGCCCGAGAGGCGGCAGUUUGGAUCCACCGACAUCAUGGUGCCGGAGCUGUCUUUUGGUGCCUCCGGUCUGGGGCUCGUGAAAGAAGGCAGUGCGGAAGAGGAGGAGGCUGUGGCCGCAGUCCGCAAUGCCCUUCGCUGCGGAGUGAACUACUUUGACACGGCUCCUUGGUACGGGCAGGGCAGGUCCGAGGUUGUUCUCGGAAAGGCGCUACAAGGCGUGUCCCGAGAUGCAUUCCACGUCGCCACAAAAGUGGGCCGCUACGAGCCAGAAUGCGAGCGCAUGUUCGACUUCAGCAGCGGCCGGACGUUGGAAAGCGUCAGGGAGAGCCUAGAUAAGAUGAAGCUCACCUACUUCGACGUCGUCCAGGUUCACGACGUCGAGUUCGCACCUAGUGUGGAUUUGAUUGUCAAUCAGACCUUACCGGCCUUGGAAAGUCUUCGGUGCGCCGGAAUUAUUCGGUACAUCGGCAUCACCGGCUACCCGUUGCACACGCUAAGAGAGGUGCUCCAGAAAAGUCCCGUCCGAGUGGACACCGUCCUCAGCUACUGUCGAGGCACGCUGUUCGAUGACUCGCUGGCCGACUACUUGCCAUUCUUUCAGAGCAUGGGACUGGGCGUGGCCAACGCGGCCCCCCUUGGCAUGGGCCUGUUGACGUCAUCGCCGCCGCCCGCCUGGCACCCUGCAGCUGAGGACCUGAAGAAGGCCUGCGCUGAGGCCGCCCACUUCUGCAAGGAGGCCGGUUACAGCAUAGAGAGACUGGGCCUGCAGCACAGUUUGACCAAGUUUCCUGGCGUUCACACGACAAUUGUCGGCAUUACAAGGUGCAAGGUAAAACGCUACGCGUGCACAGUAAGCACGUCGAACAUGCAGAGACACUUGAUGGAUGUUCAUAAACUGCACGACGACGGCAAGAAGGGGGCAGCCACGACGGUCAACGAUUAUGUCCUUGAUAACUACAGCCUUUGCAAAUCUUGCCUCUGA